GCCGGCCGGGGCGCGAGCCGCCGGGGCCGGGCUCCGCCUAUGGCGCCGCCGGGGCCGCUGCGCGUGGUGAGCCACGGAGGGCGGCGGUUCCUCUGCUUCUGCGAGGGCGGAGGCGACUCCCCGCGGCUGCAGCUGACCGAUGCCUGCGAGUUCUGGAGCUGCAGGAUCCCUUCGGAGAAGCUGGAUGGGCAGAAGGAGCCCUGCUCUCCGGCCGACUGCCUCUUCAGACUGCGGAAACUCGUGCAGGGCCAGCCACCUGCCCUCACCCUCCACGACGGCGGGGCCACACUGCGGGUCCAGGACGGCGGGCAGAGUGUGACCUUCGACCUCUGCAAAGCCCCGCCCUCCGAGGCCAGGAGGCAGCUCCAGGACCUCACCUUCGGCCUGGUGGAGCAGCUGCAGACGCUGGAGAAACGCCUGGAAGAAAGCGCUGCCACCUCCAUGGCGCUCGGGAGCCCGGAGAAGAAGAGCUCGCCAAGCCAGAGUCUCUUGGAAGCAGGCCUGAAAAACCAGAUUCUGGAAACCCAGUUAUACCUAUGCCUCAUCCUUCCGAGGGGAAAGGAUUUUCUGCAGGGAGAAACGGUCCCUGGGCCGGCUGUGUGCGAAUGUCUGCUCCAAACUGCUGGGAAGACCGAAGCCCACCGAAGCCCAGGGGAGGGGCCGGUCCGAGUAAGAGGCGGCUGCCGGGGGAGUCCCUCAUUAAUCCCGGAUUCAGAAGCAAGAAGAUCCCGACGGGGGUAGAUUUUGAAGAUGCCUGAAUAGUUUUCCAAAUGAAAUGGCAAGGAUCUACGUCAUGGGUGUUUUUAAAAUUAUUUAAGCGUUACAUUGGAAAAGUAUUUUUUGUGUGUGCUGUAGAAUGAGAAUUUCGUGCAAAUGUCUCUUUUGGACAAUACAUGCUUGAUUUUAUCCACUUUCCAUUUUGUGC